AACGAAAGCCACCAAAACCAAAACACGCACUUUCCCGGCUGGUCGGUGUUUCAAAACUAAGCACGCCAAAUUUACGCUCGAAAAUGUCCGAAAGCACACAAUCUACGGACAUUAAUCCGGACGACACAAUAAAAAUCUUGGUGGCGAGUGAUAUACAUCUAGGAUACAAUGAGAAAGAUCCUAUACGAGGGGAUGAUAGUUUCAUCGCCUUUGAGGAAGUGCUGCAGCACGCGCUGGAAAAUGACGUGGACGCGAUACUGCUCGGUGGCGAUCUGUUCCAUGUGGCAAACCCGUCCACCAACACGCUGGACCGCUGCUUUCGGCUGCUGAAGACGUACACACUCGGCGACAAACCGAUUCGGUUGGAGUUUUUGAGCGAUCAGAACGACAACUUUCUGGAAUCGCUAAGCCGCACGGUAAACUACGAGGAUCCGAACAUGAACAUCGCGAUACCGGUGUUUUCCAUCCACGGCAACCAUGACGAUUCGGGCGGUGCCGGGCGCGUCAGCUCGAUGAAUCUGCUCAGCACCAACGGGUACGUGAACUACUUUGGCAAAUGGACCGACCUGAGCAAGAUCGACAUUCGCCCGAUACUGCUGCGCAAGGGCGAAACGAAGCUGGCACUGUACGGGCUGAGCUACAUGAGCGAUGCGCGGCUGUGCCGCCUGCUGGACGAUGCGAAAGUGUUCAUAGAGAAGCCGGAUGAGCCCGGCUUUUUCAGCAUCAUGGUACUGCACCAGAAUCGGGCGGAACGGGGGCCGAAAAAUUAUCUGCCCGAAAGCUCGCUGCCCCAGUUUCUGGACCUGAUCAUCUGGGGCCACGAGCACGACUGCCGCAUCGAGCCGGAGGAGAACGCGGCGAAGAAGUUCUACGUCAGCCAGCCCGGCUCGACCGUGGCGACGUCACUGUCCGAGGGCGAAGCGAUACCGAAGUGCUGCGGAUUGCUCAGCAUUCACAAGGGCCUGUUCCGGAUGGAUCCGAUACCGCUGAAAUCGGUACGCCCGUUCGUGUUUGAAUCGAUCGAUCUGGCCACGGUGCAGGAGGAGCUGGCGCUGGACGAGGGGGACGUGCAGCAGCGAGUCCAGGCCUUCGCUACCGAGCGUAUCGAGGCGAUGAUAGAGCGUGCCAAGCAGCAGCAGUCAGGGUACGCCCGGCAACCGAAGCUUCCGCUCAUUCGGCUCCGGCUGCUGCUUACCGAAGUGGAGCAACAGUUUAACGCGAUCCGGUUCGGGUUUCGCUAUCACGGGCGGGUAGCAAACCCGCAGGACAUGGUCAUUUUUAAGAAGAAGCCCAAAGCGAUUGUAAAGGACGAGCUGGGCAAGAUGCUGGACAAGGCUGCGCUGCAGGAAGCGUACCGGAACCAGCGCGAACAGCGUGCCCAGCGGGCGGAGGAGAUCGUCGAUCGGUAUUUCCGCGAGGCGGACGUGAUGAACCAACUGGAGGUGCUGUACCCUCGCAGCAUGACGGAACUCUGCCGCCGGAUGGUGGACUACGAGGACGAUGAGGCGUGCGAGAAGAUUAUCAAGUUUUACGAGAACAAAGCGCUCGAGUUUUUGCGCGCACAGGACAAUAUCAGUGAGGAGGGUAUCUGUGAAGCGCUGGCCGGGUUUCCGGCGGCCGAUCCGGAGAUGCACGAGAAGGUGCUCCACAUGCUGGACACACGAUCGAAGCCGCAGGACGCGGUCGAUCCGUUGAGGCGCUUUCGCGAUCUGGACGAUGAGGCAGAGAACAACGAUGGGACGACGGGCAAGGGUACGAUGGAUACGACCGCUGCGAAACCCGCCCGUGGUGCACGGGGUGGUGGUGCGCGUGGUGGAAGAGGUUCACGUGGAGGUGCACGUGGCGCUAGCAAGGCAACGGUAGCGGCGGUAACUACAACUACUGGAGCCGGUGCGAGCCGUUCUCGGUCGCAAACGUCGAUUAGUUCAUUGUUUGCCUCGCAGACGAGUAACAACGGCAGUAUUGCCAGUGUGGCCACCAGAACAUCGUCCAGAAAACCGGCCGCCACAAAGGCACGCCAGAUGGACUUUGAUUCGGAUGAUGAGUGAAGCAUCAUGACAGCGGCGUUUGGUUGAGGGGUAAGCAUUGUUACUCAUUCCGUAGAAUUACAUGUUUGGUUUUAAGCAUUAAGUUUAAUCAUGAAAGCUGUUCCUCCUGUACAUUACUUGUUUAAUUGUAAUAUUCUCAGGGAAAAAGAGAAAAUAAAUCCUGAUUGUUUACAGGAGAGAAAAGCUUUAACGCUUUAAAU